AUGAAACGGCUGUUGAACAUCCGGCGUACUCGGCCUCCCCAGGACCCUCAGAAGUGGGUCCCCAUUCUUGGAGAGCUGCAGAAGACCCUCCAGAAGGGCGAGUACCUGCCCCUCCGCCCGCUGCCCAUGUUCGAGAGUAACUUUGUCCAGGUGACCAAUCAUGGGGCUCCCGCGUUCGUGCACCACAGAACCAACAAGCUGACUAUGGGUGUCGCGGCAUCCUUGCCUGGCCUAGUGCUGCCUGACAUUCUGUUACUUGCUCGGCCCCCCGAGGGCAAGGAGUGCUCCAAUCUCAACCUAACCAGGUUGAUCCCGCUAGACCUCGCCCACCUCUACGUCCACGAUCCGCCCACCUGGCGUCUGAAGCUCCGUCUGAUCACCGGCCGCUACUAUUACUUGGAACUGGAUGCCCCUGACCAUGAGCUGGACUUUCUGUUUGACCGCUGGAUUCGCCUCAUCAACCUACUUCACGAGCCUAGCAUAUCCUGGGCGCCCAGGACCAUAGACACGCCCCCCUUGGACUCACCCAAAGGCGGAGUGCCUGCCUCCACCUGGCGCCAUCAGGCCCAGUCUCCAGACAGAUUUACAGUUGAAGUUGCUCAGCGCACCUUUCCUUACAAAAUAGCUUCUCAAAAACAAAGGAAGGUCAAGGCGACUAAACACACGCUCAGGUCUCGGGCUGUGGGUGACUCGCUGCCUCUCGUCUGGUCACAGCUGCAACCUCCUGAGGGUCAGAUGAAAGCCACGGAAAAGAAGUCCUACCUAGAUGCCUGCCCUGAUGGCUCCAAUGAGCUAAUCCAUGUUUCUGAGAAGGCCAACAUCAGCAUCCGAACCAUCUUCAGCAUCAUCUCUGGCACAAUGCACCAGGCCCAUGGAUCUGCUUCUGAGGGAGCCACAGGCCGCAGCCGUCUACUUGAGACUCCUACACAGUGUAUCUCUCACGACAACUGUGAGUUACCCUUUGUGGACUCCUGUGAUGCCAUGGACGCCUUCCUGUGGAGGCAAGACCUUGAAGAUCUCAUAGACACCAACUCCACCACUCUGUCUUCCCCUUUACACACGUCUUCUUACCCUACGACCUUCUAUGUCUUUCCACCCAGUCCUCCCUCCUUUCUGACACCCAAUGACAAGGUCAGGCCUACAGGCUCAGUGAAGUAUCGGGGCCCGCUGUCCUCCCGGAAGAGUGCAUCUGCUCCCACCACGUCAGGGAAGAUGCCAUUUAUUUUGGACCAGUCUAAUAAGGUACAAGCUGAGCCUGCUCCAACUCAGAAGGUCCCAGCCCUUCCUGCUCCAUCUCGGAAGGUCCCACCUGCGCUACUGUCAACCCGGAAGUCUUCAGCCGUACGUAGCCUUUUCGAUAAGGCUCCACCUUCUCUUUCCCAGAAGGCCCCACCUGUUCCUGGACACCCCCGGAAGGCCCCAGUUCUAAUUGCCCCACCCCAGAAAACUUUACCCCUGGUUCAGAAGCUUCCAGAAGCACCUACAGGUCCUCAGAAAGCCAUGCCCCCAAAGAAGGACUAUCUAGUCCGAAAUACCCAAUUUCGGAAGGCUCCAACUGCCCAGUACCAAAAAGCCCUGGACUCACAGGCCAAAGCCCCUGUGGAUCCUACCGUGCUACAGGUGGGAGACACGCUUCAGAGAAAGUCUGAAGGGAAACAGGAACCUGUUCUGUUGGUGGGAGGGCAGAAGACCAAAGUGAUAGACAUGAGGGCCCAGAACAUGUCCCUGCAUCUGCCCUCGACCACUACCAAGAAGGAAUCUAAGGAGAUCUUGAUCAGCAGAACCCAGGAGGUCACUCUGGAGGCCUUGAAAGGCAGGGAGAGGUCGGCAGACUGGGCCCACAAGAUGAAGGAGGAGACAACCGUGAACCGGCCCGAUCUGAAGUCCAAGGAGAUAGGGUCGCAAAAGAAGUGGGUUUUGACCAGGGACGUAGCGGUUGAGGGCCCCCGCACAGACGACAAUAGGCCCUUCUCUGUGCAGGGGCUUACCCUCGCUAAGAUGAUGAUCAUGGCCAACUCCAAACACCAGCACCUGAAGCCAGCUACCAUCUCUCUGCCCUCCUGGCUCUCUAUGGAUUCCAGGGGAUCCGCCAUGACUGUGUUGGCCAACUUGCCCUUUAACACCAGCCAGAUGACCUUGCCAGAGGGGCCGAAAGUGGUGGUCCAAGAACAAUCAGGGUCGUGUGCUAAGGUGAAGGAGAAAAACACAGAGCCCCUGGGAGAGAAGAAGCCACCUGAAGACUCACUGAGGACUUCCAGGAAACCCAUCGUUGAGUUGCCGGUGACUUCCACAUCUGACUCCAUGCUCACCACCAUGCCCACCUCAGGUUUGGAGGACAUGUCGCAGCCACUGACAUCCUUCACAACAUCCUCCUCAGACCAGGUGCCCCAGAAGCCUGGAGAAAAACACCCACAACUCGAGAAGACAAAAGCGCAGCCGCAGCCUCUGGCUGCGACGGGGUCAAACUCUGAGCAAGCUGAAGGGCUGAAGCCAGAGGAAGAGUUGGGGCUGACUUAUGUGGAAAGGGCCCUCUUUGCCAGAGGCCAGAAUGUGGAGGGGAUGAAAGUGGUAGAAUCUGGGAGUGUGUUAGUGUUGGAGGCCACCCAGGAGAUGGUGGUGGACCUGGACAAGAGGGAGACGGCUCCUAUUGGCUGGGACUCCCGGGGGCCAGCCAAUCCGGCCCGAGGGUCGCAUUUCCCCCACCCCACCCCACCCCCGCUCUUGGUACCAACCCUCACUCUCAAGCUAAAGGCACCGGUGGACUCCGCAGCCCUAGUGUUCCAACUUCGUUCGUCCCUCUUCAGUCUGGUGAGGACAGGGUGA